UACAUCUUUCCCAUCGAUCUUUAUCUUCGGGAUCAAUCAAUCACAGAAUAAUUGUGUGAGCGGAAUAGAUGAAUGGCACCCUACUCUCAGAAAGACCUACUUCAGCACAGUUGGUGCUGUCGUCUUCCUGGUUCCUCUUUUCAUACUUAUAGUUCUCUACAGUCAUAUUUUGUACUGUCUGAAAGUUGAGGCAACCCGUCGACAUCUUCUCAACAGCGCAGCAAGCCAGAAUAUUGAGAGAACUGAAGAAAAUAUGCAGGAUAAACCUAUCCCUCCUUACCCGACCACUAGAUCAAGCAGACCCGGUCCAAGCAGGGAUUCAGAGCCCCAGGUUUUUAUUUCGGAGGAAAGAAGACAGUUUUACUCGAGGGCAAUGAUAAAAACAACUUUACUCUCUGUCACAAUAGUUGUAAUAUUCCUGGUCACUAACCUUCCAUACAUAAUUCACGAAUUCUUUAUUUACGGGAUAUUGAAUAUUCACUGGUGUACUGAGAACUGGUGUCUCCUUAUGAAGGGUAUAUUUGGAAUAUCUAUCGUCUCGAACUCAGCGCUUAAUCCUUUUAUAUUCCUACUCUUCCACAGUGGUUCAUCAAGAUUGGACAGCUGCACCUCCCGCUGUUUUCCUGGUUCUAGUCUCAUCAGCACCAGGGUUCAGGGAUUCCGAGUGCAGUUUAGUGUUCUGCGAAGAAAUCAGGACUCAAUAACUGUGAUGGAGUCAGAACAUAACCAAACUCCAAUAUAAACAAGAAACCCCUGUGUCAAACCAAACUCCAAUAUAAACAAGAAAACCCUGUGUCAAACUAAACUCCAAUAUAAACAAGAAACCCCUGUAUCAAACUAAACUCCAAUAUAAACAAGAAAACCCUGUAUCAAACUAAACUCCAAUAUAAACAAGAAAACCCUGUAUCAAACUAAACUCCAAUAUAAACAAGAAAACCCUGUAUCAAACUAAACUCCAAUAUAAAAAAGAAAACCCCGUGUCAAACUAAACUGCAAUAUAAACAAGAAAACCCUGUAUCAAACUAAACUCCAAUAUAAACAAGAAACCCCUGUUUCAAACUAAACUCCAAUAUAAACAAGAAAGCCCUGUGUCAAACCAAAGCAAAUUUCAAGUAAGAAUUAAAUCUUACAUGUCUUUUAAUCAUAACUCUAUUUAUAAAGAAGAAAAAUGUUUUGAAUUUAUAAUAUGUAACCGAUGUCCGAAAUUUAAUGAAUUCAAGCCGCGUCUCAAAUCACCCAAAAACCAGUUUCAAUUGAGUGCCGUCUUUGGGCUUAAAUCUUGAAAAGCUGAAUACAAUUUUGAGUGGAACAAACCAUGAUUUGAGCCGCAGCUCAAAUUAUUUAAAUUCGGCCUCGGAUUAAUCUGCGUUUCCCAUACUUCGAGGUCACUAUUCGAGGUCAAAACUACGAGGUCAAAAGUUCCUAUCCGCGAUGUUGCAAAAAUAUUACCUUCUCCUUCUAUUUAGUUUGGUGUGUGUUAAAAAAAAGGUUGUAAAAACGCCGAAAAAGUUCGUGAGAGGGUUCUCAGCUAACCCAGGCUCGUGCUGAUAAAAAAUUUAACUACUUAAAAUUAGGAUGUAAGGAUGUUUGAUUCAAAAGUUCAAGUUUGGAAACAAUUUUUUAAAAUAUGUGUUCUCGAAAAUUAUUGUAAUUUUUGUUGUAUAUAUCGAAAUUCAUUUUCUUGUUAAAUCUUGAUCCUUUCCCCUUUCUCUCCUGUUGUAAUAUAAAAUAAGAUAAUUUAACAUGUGCUGGCCCGCUGGGUUGUACUGUAACCCCCCAACCCCCCACCCUCCUACCCUGAUUUUCUUCUUUUUUCCUCUAUAUUUCCUUCUCCUCCCCCUCUCUUUGCUUUCCUUUAGUUCUAACAUUUUUUUAUUUUAUUUUAUUUUAUUCAAAACAACCAGUAAUGGUUAGAGAGGUCCUGCAGGCUAAAUUAAACUGUACUAUACCUGUAAUUUAUAUUAUUAAAAUAUGUAUAUUAAAAUACCUAUAUAUCUAUCGAACCACUUUUCUUAGCGCCGGUUUAAGCUAUAUAGAGAAAUAGUUGAACCACGUCUUAAACCGUGUCUCGCUAUUCAAUUAAAUCUGGUCCCAUUGCAGCAAAUGAGACUCUUGCAAUUGAUCAUGAUUCAUCAUUGUAUUAUUGUACAUAUGAACACACUUUUCUUAACCUAUACAAUCCAACAAGAGUUUUACAAAAAGUUUUUUUUAUUUGUUAUGAGUAAGUGUUCAAACAUACCGUGCACAUUUUCUCCUUUAAAAUUCUCAUUUUUUAAACAGUUUCUAAUAUUAAUAUUGCACUUUUGGAUUCAGAAUUAUCAUUUAAUCAUAUGUACAAAUUUUAUAUGUAUUAUAUAGACAUUCUCAAACUUUAAACUGUUGUUAUAAUUACAUUGUGUAAAGGAAUGUUGACAUAAUCAAUUGAAGGACCCCCCCCACGUUUAAACAGUUGAUUGUUAACAUAGAUUAAUUAAAAUAACAGAUAGAACACUAGAUAUCGUCUUUUAAAGAUUUGGGAGUUUUCGUAGAAUUACAAGACAGAGAGAGGGCCCGUACUACACCGACUGCGCGUAACUCAUUAAAGCUUUUGACUCAGGGUUAUUGUGGACGAAAACCCCUAAAUCUUUAAAAAACGACAUUUAGUGUUCUAUCUGUUAUUUUAAUUAAUCUAUGAUUGGUAACCUUGUACAUGUUGCUGCAUUGCAGACAAUGUGAAAGUGACGUUCUUUUUUUAACUAAAAAAGCUGCUGAAUUCCACCAAUUUCAGUUCAUUGUCUCUGCAACAUCAAAUAUCCGCAAGUAUAUAUGAAGUUAGAGAAACCAACAUUGGAAUUUCAAUGAAUUCCUUCUCUUUUUUUGCCCGAAAUCAAGAAAAUAUUUUUGGGAAUCAGUACAUAGUGUUAAAUUAUGUCAAUUUUUUUACAGUAUAAAUUAUUUUUGUCUUGAAUUUUAAAUAUAUAUCUUUACAAUA